AUGGUUCUUUCUCUAGUUGGGAAUCUCAUGGUCUGCUAUGCCGUACGAAGACAGCCAAGACUUCGUCGCCCAAACAACUAUUUCAUUAUUUCUUUGGCCUUGACUGAUAUUUCGCAAGCUUUGUUUACAAUGCCGCUGUCAGUUGUCUUGUUGGCCACUGGAAAAUGGCCUUUCGGAACUUUUCUUAGUCGUUUUGCAGCAAUUUCCAUGAUAUCACUGACGUACAUCUCGACGUUUACCAUGGCACUGAUGGCCUUAAACAGGUAUUACAAGAUAGUGAAACCAGCGAAAUACCAAACUCUUUUUACAAAGAAGUUCAUCAUCUCAUCAGCUUCGGCGGUGUGGGCCGUAGUCAUUGUUAAUGCUGUUGUUUCUAUAUUUGCACUCGGUUUUCCCUCCUACGUGAACCCAGCUUUUGCAGUUCCUGUGAUAUGGUUUCCAAUGCCAAUAUCACGACCGAUCUUAGUAUUUAACUCGUAUUUGCCGUAUCCUGUUAUCGUUUUCUGUUACUGGAAAAUACACAAGGCCGUCAAGAUGCACAAUGCAAAUGUUUCGUGGCAGAGUGCAAAUGUAGAAGAUGUACGAGUCAGCAAAGUCCUUUUUGUCACCGUUGCCGCCUUUCUCAGCCUGUGGUUGCCGGCUCAAACUCUGACUGUUGUUUCUUUUCGUGUAACGAUACCACGCCAGCUCGCACUUUUCGCGACUCUUCUGAUUUUCUCAUCCAGCUUCAUAAAUCCUUUCAUAUAUGGUUUUAUGAACAGCACGUUUAGGGAUGAAUUAAAAAAAUGCUUUGUCCUGAGGAAGAAGCAGUCAGUAGGUACAGAAUCCUGUCAGAGAGAAGCAGCUCCAGUUUAAAGUGCGCUUUAAAGAUAGUUCCAGUUUUAAAUCACGCCAUAAAACUGAUACCUCACUUUUGUAAAAUAUGAGGAGUCCGUAGCUCGCAUAAGCCUCUUAGUUUCCCUACGGGUUUGUUAAAAGACAAAAUUGGCAUCUAGCAAGAAUUUUCAUUAUGGGUGAUUUUUGACUUAUUUGAACGUGAAAAUAAAUGGAAAUAAUAUACUAGCAUAAGCUAUUCAGUGAACAUUGUAAUAGGCCAGUUGAUCAUUUCUUAUUCCUUUUGGCGGUCUUAUCUUACAGGUAGAGUUUGGUCACCUUUUUCCUUAUCAUGAUCAUGAAUUUGACAUGGAGACAGAAAAACCUAAACUGCGGUUUGCCGCUAGAUAUCAGUAUAUUUCCAAUAUGUUGCUAAAAGAUGAUUAAUUACUAAGAGAAUGACUCUACCUCAUAAAAAUUGAUCCCGUGCAGGAAUUUCCUGGCAAUAACCCUCCUUUAUACUUUUACCUCCUUAAUACUCUCGUUUUUAGGCUAAAUCCAUGUUGAAUUCCCGAUCAGGAAAAUAGUUUUUAAUUUUAAUUUAGCACGUCCGACACCUCUUUUUCUUAGAGGUGACUUAGAGUGCAAGCAUGUAGUACUUUUCAUCUUCCGCACUGAAUUUGUAAUCUGAUAACUUAAACGACUAGCACGUAGCUCUUUUAGGGGCGGUACCUUGGGUACGCCCUUUCUUUUCCGAAUUUUGUGUUUAUUCUGCUGUUAUGCAACAGCCUUCAAGGACUAUUUCCUCAUAAGAUAUCUUUUCAAGUAUGAUUUUAAUUCUGUUAGUAAGUUUAUUAUAAUUUUUAUACUGUCAAUCUUGUUUUUAUUUUGCCCGAACUUGACAGUAAGACCAAGAAAUUUAAGUUAGAAAGACAUUUCGUGAAGCAUAAACAUCGCGAAGUUAUCUACUUAGUGUGUGAACUCCGCGUAGCUUAGUGUGAUUCGCUUGUUAAGCAUAAAAGCAUGACGAAGGGUAGAGAUUGACAGCUCAGAAAGUGUCACCUUUAUAAGCGGUGACCCACACUUUCCUAGAGAGAUCAGAGCUAGUCCCCGUUGUAAUAACCUGAGUAGUAAGAGUGAGUAAAGAAAAGGACAGCAAAGUAACUAGUGUUGGGAAAUUACCUCUAACAGGUUUCCUAAACUCAUGAUAAAUCUUAGCUGUAACAUAUUAAUAUAUUUGUGAUUCCUUUCUUAUUUCUACUGAUGUAUCAUAAGUACAAAAUGGCAAAAUAAACAAAAAACAAAAACAAAAAGUACACUUUCGUAUUAACUUGAAAUAUCUCAGAUAAUGUUGAAACUGUUAUUGAUGGCAGCAUCCAAGAAGUCGGACCUCGGCGUGUCAAUACUCACGAAUUUAUUUUAAAAUUCCUUUCCUCGUACUUACUGCUAAUUAUAACGACCGUUGUUCAACUGUUUUUCCUUAGGGACUUAGUUCAAAUUUGUAGUAUAUUUCUGUGAUGGGUGGUACUACUGGUGUUUACUUCGAGCCUUUCGAAAGGUCUGAAUCAAAUCGGUAAGGUACAGCUGAACUGACUAAUGGCACCUGACCCUCUCCGCAGUAUUUUCUUUAAGGGCCGUUAGAUGCAUCUCAACGACAAAAGUCCUUUUAUGUACGAAAUUUAAAGGCUUUCUUUUGGCUAGUAAGUUGAUCAAAACGCGAAUCAAUUUUGUUGCUUAGAGAUAACCCUUAACGUAUAAAAAUCAGAUGAUGACUGAGCCAAUGUGGAACUAUAUGAAUUAUUACAAAUCUAUCGACACCAUGAUGUCUUGGAUAAAUAUAUAUAUAAGGCUGAUGUAAGUACUAGACUUUUUCAAAAAGGGAUGUGGAUGUAUUUACCGUAAUUGUCAUUAACUGAGUACAUGUAUUUGAAAUUUUUAGAGAGAGAACUCUCCCUGGUAAGAAGUGACUCGUGCGUCCACAUCUCGGUUUUAUGAAACGAUUUACCGUAAGACACAAGUAUAUCUCUAGUUAAUAUCCUCUGCGAGCUCUUUUGUGAACAGAGUUAUCGAAAACAGCUUACGCUUUCGUGCAAAAUCGAGAAAAAACCUAAUUUCGGGAAAUAACUUUAAAGGCCAUUGUAUUCAACGAAAAAGACGGUAAAACACAAAAAUAAAAGAGCUCUAUGACGUCUUUUGGAACAACAACACAAGAGGGUUCACUAUUUUAACAACUUUUUAAUUCAAGUUUGUCUCACCCAAAGAAUUGAAAAGAGUUUUAUAUAUUUAUUUUAACUUUGGAGUUGGUUUCUUAGCUUUUAAAGUCUGCUGUACGUGUUGUCAUCGCGGGAUGAUAGAUCGAAAUACCGGCAAAUUUGACUAAAAGGAGUUUGAUCUCACGAAUUAGCGACUCACGUUCUUGAAAACGUCAAGAAAGAGUAAUUUUAUAUUUUCAAGAAAAACCACGAAGUUUUGCUUAAAACAAUAAAAUCAAUAUUUGAUAAGUUUCAAUUGAUCUUACUGAGAUGUGCCAAUCUAAAUUUAUAUUAAUUGCACAAUUUCUUCAAUACCAAAUCAUUUCCCGUUACGCUAUUGAAUUCAUCGAACCAGCUCUCCCAAUUAAAAGGCCACCAUAUGAUUAUUUGGUUGAAUAGAAUUCUAAUGAGAUACUAAUUUGAUUUUGGAGCCCUUUCAUUUGAUUGGUGUCUUUUGGCUUCCGUUCAUUUUAGCUCCGUCCAUUUGUCAGUAUAUCUGAGCACAUAUAUUUCUACAUAUGCUUCACUGAACUCAGUUCACCAAUCUUCCCACGAACCUGAAAAUAUCUUUCAAAAGGCUGUUACCGAAAAAAAAAACAACAAAUUACUGUACUGUCUCUGAUUACAAAAAGAAAACAAAGAGAGUAGAAUGAAUCACAGUACAGUUUGGCAACAGAUGCAAGAAAGAAACACAGCGACUGUUGUGUUUGAGACUGUCAUAUUUACCCUUACAAUGAUUCUUUCUCUAUUUGGGAAUCUUAUGGUGUGCUAUGCCGUACGAAGAAACCCAAGGCUUCGUACCUCAAGCAACUACUACAUCAUUUCCUUGGCCCUAACAGAUAUUUCAAUAGCUUUGUUUACAAUGCCGCUGUCAGUUGUGUUGUUGGCUACUGGAAAAUGGCCUUUUGGAACUUUUCUGAGUCGUUUUGCAACCAUUUCCACGUUAUCAUUGACGAACAUCUCGACAUCCACCAUGGCACUGAUGGCCUUAAACAGGUAUUACAAGAUAGUGAAGCCAGCAAAAUACCAAACUAUUUUUACGAAGAAGUUUAUCAUCUCCACAGCAUUAGGUGUGUGGGCUGCAUUCGUUUCUCUUGCUCUUCUCUCUGUGCUCGCAUUUGGUUUGAUAAAUGGCAUGAUUCCAGCUUUUGAAGUUCCUGGGACAACAUUUUCAAUGCCAGUUGCUAAACUAACUGCGGUUGUUAUUUUCUAUUCGCCGUAUGCUGUCAUCAUUUUCUGUUACUGGAAGGUUUACAAGACUGUGAAGAUACACAAUGCAAAUGUUUCGUGGCAGAGUGCAAAUGUACAAGAUGUUCGAGUCUACAAAAUUCUGCUUGUUACUGUUGUCGGCUUUCUCAGCCUCUGGUUGCCGUCUCAAACUAUCUUUCUUAUGUCUUCUUAUAUAGCGUUACCACGCCAGCUUAAACUUUUUGCGACUUUUCUUAUUUACUCAUCCAGUUUCAUAAAUCCGUUCAUUUAUGGUUUUAUGAACCGUUCAUUCAGAAAUGAAUUCAAAAACUUCUUGAUUCUGAAAAAGAAGCACUCGAUAGGCUCGGAAGCAAGUCCUGCGAAACCAGAAAACAUUGUUCAGAUCAUUAAUUAGCGCUAUCUGAUGAUUCGAGACUUACUCUUGGAAUGACUACAUGUCACAAUUGAUUUUAAUAACAUUCGAAAUUUUGCUGCCGUUCUUGCUACUAACUUCCCUUGAGGAGUAUGUUCAAAUUGAAAGUAUGAUUCUUUGCUUGUUUCAACGGUGAUUAUGCGUACCUUUGAAAAAGAUUAAAUCGAAUGUGGUACAGAUCCUACGAAAAGCUUAACACUCCGUCGUAUCCCCUUCAAGACUGCUAGAAUUAUAUCUAGUUGCCUCAGUAUGUUUCCGAACUGUAGUUUAAACCUGUUUACAAAGGUAUCUACUCGAUCAAUUGACUGAACUUCGCAUGAAGAAGGGCGCUUAGAGAUGAAUUACUGUAAUCUCCCUUUUAUCUAAUAAAUUUCUAUCUCUUGGUCAUGUUUUCACUUAUUUGUGUGUCCGCUGGAACGAUUACUUUGACUCCAUUCCAGAGUGUUGUAGUUUUAAAAUAUAACUGAUGCCCUUUUACUUAUCAAAGCCUAUAUUAAAUUUGAUGUUUAAAAGAAAUACUUCGAGUGUAAAUAUUUUGUAAUGACUAAAGCAAAGUGGGACUCCAUGAAUCAUGGCGUAUCCAUGAGCAGAAUUAUAUACAUAAAGGCCUCAAUACAUUUAAUAAUUUCCAUUGCUUAAAUAUAAAUAGAUGCAGCCCCCAUUGAUAUAUAUUUUUCCUAGAUAGGUGAGAAUCUCGUUUCAACAUUUUCUUUUACUGAGAGAUUUUAAUGGAGCACAAGAAAGUUUCAAGACAUGUCCUUAGGGAAUGUUACGUAAGAUUUAUAUCAUGCCAGUUGCUAAUUCAUGUUACGUAAUACGGCAUGAGAACAGACCUGUUUUAAAACAGCCAACCCGUUCUCAGUAGCCUCGGUGCAACACCAAAUCACAAACAUACUCAAAGGUGAUGCUUUCUUACAAAGAUCAAUAAUUAAAAAUUAAAGUAAGAAAAUAAAUAUAAAGUUUUAUCACGAGAGGUGUAAGCAAAGCUAUUGUUUGAGAAAUGGCUUUACUUUUUGUGGUUUAUUUAAGAUUGGAAUUAACAAAAGCGCAAGUGGAAUUACUAUUUUAAUUACUUUUUCAAUUUUGUGUCAUAUUGGUUAGUUCAAAGGAGUAUGUUUUUUUUUUAUAUGUACCCUUAAUAAUUGAGUUCUACGAUAUAGAUGAAUUAUUUAAGUGUUGUCGUCACAGUUAGUCAGAUCAAAAUACAAUGUUGAAAGAGGGAACUCUAUCCUGAGCGACCCUCAAUACUGAAAACGCUGAAAAAGAAGAAUAAUUUAACCUCCUAAAUGUUUACAUGUGUUUCAUAUGGUGCCGAUUUCGCUUUAGGGGUUUUCUGUCAAAGUAUAAAAUGUACUUAUUGUGAUAAUUUCACAUGUAGAAUUAUUAAUUAAAAACCUAACUGUGCAGCUUGAAAAACUAGAAUUAGUUUUUAAUUAAUAAUAUGGUAUUCCUUUUGAUUUUCUUUAAUAAACAGUUCCAUGUAAACUGUUUCUAAAAUACAAUUUAUUUAUGAGGAAUAUUGCCAUGUAUAGAAUUUCGAAAAUGAACCAGCUCCUGCUAUCACAAAGUGAUUUGUUGGUGGCCCGGAAUCACCGUCAUUCAGAUGAGUAACUCGCCUCCUUUCGCUUUUUGUUAGUCUUUAAUUUAUUAUAUCGGCAUACAAAACCGUUCAUUUCAGGCCGUUUAUUUAAACCUUCAAAGUGAAAUUUUCCUUCGCCCUCCUAUUCCCAGCCAGUUUUCCCACAAAAUUUACCUUUUUUACCAGGAGCCGUCCUUAAUGUUAAGGGCUUUCAGCAGUCACGCUAUAAAAGACCUACACUUGCUUGUCCGUUUUCUGGUCUUGAAGGAAAUUCCAUAUAAUGUCUCACAAACAAAGCGACAUUCUUGAGCUUUGGAGCGAGUUAAGGGAAAGAAACACAGUGACUGUGGUUUUUGAAACCUUCCUAUUUACCUUGGCGAUGAUUCUUUCUUUAAUUGGGAAUCUCAUGGUCUGCUAUGCCGUACGCAGAAACCCAGGACUUUGUCGGCGUCCAAGCAACUACUACAUCAUUUCUUUGGCCCUGACUGACAUUUCGCUUGCUUUAUCUACAAUGCCGUGGUCAGUUAUCCUGCUGGCUACUGGAAAAUGGCCUUUUGGAACGUUUCUCACAUAUUUCGCAACCAUUUCCAAGUUAUCACUGACCAACAUCUCAGUAUGGACCAUGGUAUUGAUGGCUUUGAACAGGUACUACAAAAUUGUAAAGCCAACGAAAUACCAAUGUGUUUUCACAAAGAAGUUCAUAGUUUCCUCAGCCUUAGCGGUGUGGGCUACAUUCAUUGUUAUCUCUCUCCUCUUUAUUGUCACGUUUCGUUUUUCCAACCAUGUGUGCCCGGCUUUUGCACUGCCUUUGACAACUUAUGAAAUGCCAAUUUCUCUACCAACUUUGAUAUUUGUUACGUUUUUGCCUUAUCCUAUCGUUAUUUUCUGGUAUUGGAAAGUUUACCGGGCCGUCAAAAUGCACAACGUAAAUAUUUCAUGGCAGAAUGCAAAUGUAGAGGAUGUUCGAGUCGCGAAAAUCCUGUUUAUUACCGUCGUCGGUUUUGUCAGCCUCUGA